GUUGACCCCUUUGCGUGAAAAAGGAAAUUGCAUCACGGCAUUCCUCGACACCGCCCUUUCUGCGUAAAUAAAGUGACCAGUCUAAAAUCAUCAGCAUUCAUUCCUCUCCUGGGAUUCGUCUCGCAGUCUAAGUCUUAAAAAAUGGCUACCAAGUUGGUUAUCCAGCAGCCAAGGCCAAUUGUAGUGGCAGCUAGUACAGAUCAGUGGACCACCAGCAUCUGCGAAUGUGAUAGCGUCAAUGAAUGCUGUUUUUCGGUGUGGUGCUUUCCUUGCUUUGCCUGCAUCACAGCUCGAGACCAUGGUCAAUGUCUCUGCCUCCCACUGCUGGAUGCAUGUGGCCUCAUCCCACCCGCCACACUGUCUAUGAGGGUGGCAACACGCAAACGCUAUGGCAUUUCGGACACUAUUUGCAACGACUGUGUGUACUCUUUCUUCUGCGGCCCAUGCAGCUGGUGUCAGAUCAGGCGGGAAAUGAAAUACAGACUUCAUCCUGUUACACUGUUGAACAACAGACCAAUGGGCUAAAGACCUGCAUCAUCAACAUGAUCAUAAUCAUUUAUCAUCAUCAUCAUCAUCAUUAUUUUUACAGCCAUCUUACCAUCAACAGCAUGUGAUGUCUGCAUCUUUAUCUAGCACAACUAAUUUACAAUGCGUGUGAAAUAUCCUGGUGAAACCUUGAGUUUCGAUCAUCGCUUCUUCCCUUACACACUGAACCCAAAGCUGUUUUCAGUCAGAUGGAGGAGUGGCAUGCUGUCUAAUCACUGUUUGGGCAUCAGCUCGAGAAGUGGUAAAGAAUGCUGCUCACUUAUGAAGACUGAUCAGACAACAUUUGUAAUCGUGUUUAGAAAUGUAACAUUCAAAAGCAUUAAUUCAUAGUGUAUUAUUUAUAAAAGCUAUUACAAAAUUCAUUUUAAAACUAAUUUAAUGUGUUGCAUUUUACUUGAAUUUUUAAAUGUAAUGAUUGCUAACCUUCUAUUGGACUGUACUGUUAUCACAUGCACUUAUACUUAAUAGCAUGUCUGCUUCACUCUCAUCAUUACAAUCACGUGUAUAAUGGAAUUUUGCUUUAAUAAUGUGAAUGUGUGCUUUUACGUAAUUGUCAAUAAACUCCUCUAAAAAUAAAAACAA